AGAAAAAAGAAAAAAUAACCAACCCCUUUGGAGAAAGGGUAAAGUAAGAAAAUCUAAAACCCUACUACGCCUCCGAUUGUGUAACGACAGCAACAAACAAAACAACAAUCCUCUUUCUCUCUCUAAUCUCUAUAUAAACCCACUAACCCUAAUUUCUUGCACCAUCACUUCAACUUAGCCCCUCUAAACGCUUUCAUCUUCAACCCUUUCAUUCUUCCAUCGAUUCUAACACAAACCAAACUCCACCAUGUCAGAUGAUGAGAGAGAUGAGAAGGAGUUGGAUCUCACUUCUCCUGAUGUUGUAACCAAGUACAAAAGCGCUGCAGAGAUUGUUAACAAGGCUUUGCAGUUGGUGAUUUCAGACCUUAAACCAAAGGUUAAGGUUGUUGAUAUUUGUGAAAAAGGGGAUUCGUUUAUUAGAGAGCAAACUGCGAAAUUGUACAAGAAUGUGAAGAAGAAGAUUGAGAGAGGUGUUGCAUUUCCAACAUGCGUAUGUGUAAACAACACUGUAUGCCAUUUUUCUCCUCUUGCCAGUGACGAAACGGUGUUUGAAGAAGGUGAUGUGGUGAAAAUUGAUUUGGCGUGUCAUAUUGAUGGGUUCAUUGCUGCUGUGGCUCACACUCAUGUUCUUCAGGAAGGGCCUGUUACAGGACGUGCAGCUGAUGUCAUUGCUGCAGCAAACACGGCGGCUGAAGUUGCCUUGAGGCUUGUAAAGCCAGGAAAAAAGAACCAAGAUGUAACUGAUGCAAUUCAGAAGGUUGCCGCUGCCUAUGAUUGUAGAAUUGUUGAGGGUGUUCUUAGCCACCAAAUGAAGCAGUUUGUGAUUGAUGCAAAUAAGGUUGUGCUAAGUGUAUCUAAUCCGGAUACCAGGGUUGAUGAUGCAGAGUUUGAAGAGAAUGAAGUUUAUGCAAUUGAUAUUGUAGCCAGCACGGGUGAAGGCAAGCCUAAGCUCUUGGAUGAGAAGCAGACAACUAUUUAUAAGAGGGCUGUCGACAAAAGUUAUAACUUGAAGAUGAAAGCAUCUAGGUUCAUUUAUAGUGAAAUAAGCCAAAAAUUUCCCAUCAUGCCCUUCUCUGCUAGGGCUUUGGAAGAAAAAAGAGCUCGUCUCGGUUUAGUGGAAUGCAUGAAUCACGAGCUCCUGCAGCCUUAUCCUGUUCUACAUGAAAAACCUGGCGAUUAUGUUGCACAAAUCAAAUUUACGGUCUUGCUAAUGCCAAAUGGAUCGGAUCGCAUCACGUCCCAUCCACUCCAGGAAGUGCAGCCUACUCAAACGGUAGAUGAUCCUGAAAUUAAGGCCUGGCUAGCAUUGGGUGUAAAGACAAAGAAGAAGGGCGGUGGAAAGAAGAAGAAAGGUAAGAAGGGCGCAGAAGGCGAAGCUGAAGUUUCUGAAGCCACAAAUGGUGCGUCAACCCAAGAUCAAGAAUGAGUCUUUUAAAAAAAUCACUUUGAUUUAACUUUUGAUCCCUUUCAAUUUUGGUACAUUUUUCACGUAGUUGUAUGUGUAUGAAUGCGAGUUUAGUAUAGCAUUCCUUCAAUAUCAAUAGGAAUUUCCAUGUGCACAUUCCAGUAUACCAUGACACAUGAAUGCUAUACAUCUGUUUAAACAUAAAUGUCUGUUUUGUUGGGGAGUUUUAUUUAAAACAAAGGACAUCAAAUUUAAAAUACCAAACUUAAUGUUA